AAAAUUACUUUUCAUUUUGCAACUUUCAAAUUUUCACUCUACAACUUUAUAUUUCAAAAAUAGCCCAAAUCCCCGCCUCUCUCGAAACUCUACAUCUAGUCGUUCAUACUUCCUAGAAGCUCUGCACAUAGGAGAAGUUCGAUUGAACGAUAAAAAUGGCAGACGUGUGAGAAGGCUAAAGACUAAAGUCACGAGGUUCCACAUCUCCGAUCAUCUCCUACAAACUCUAUUAUUUUUGUUUCCUUGCAGCUUCGGUCCAUCUUCCAUCUCUGUAGAUCAAUUUCUUCAACCAGCUCUCUCGACUUUGAUCACCUCAAUCACAGCGCCACCGCAUCUCGACUUCACCCCAAUCUCCGCACUACCGCCUCUCAGCUUCACUUCAAUCACAGUGCAACCACCUCUCUGAGAUACUCCAUCUCAACAUAUUACAAUGCAGUUUUUCAAAUCCCUAAUUCAAAUCUAGAACACAAAGCCAAAUUUGAAGAAUCCACGACAUCAAUUUUGCACCAUUAUUUGUUCUGUAUUGGUCCACGCGUAGCUUGAGAAUGACGGAGAAUAAGGAAUAGUCGGUUCUGGAUCCACAUUUUGAACGAGGUUUUUAGUGUUGUUGAUAACCGUGUAUGGGAGAAUGAAUAUAGACCUUAUGACUCCUGAGCUACGCAAUAUUCUGUGUAGUCACAACGAUUCUAUUUCAAUUGAGAACACAGAUCUGCAGUCGGGCACCACAUUCCUAGGAAUUUAUAGUUCUGUUUCAUCCCAAUAAAUUCUCAUCCAGAACAAACUUCGUUGAGGUCCGGCUGCAUUUCGACCAUGAGCACCAGCAGCUUCUUCUUACACUUCUUCAAUUGAGAAAGGGUGGCCUGUUUAACAAUGGUCUUUUUAGCAAAAGAGGUUCUUUGGAGGGAUGUAGUUCCAUAAAGCAUAUGAACCAAUACAUUCAACAAAAUAUCCAAUCAAAUAUGGAAAUGUAUUCAUGCAAGUAAAAUAUCAUACGAUGAAGGACAUGCACACGUAGACACAUAAAUAAUUAUGGGACCAAGUAUUUUGUGGAACUGAUCUGUCGGUUCUGUCCCCCGUUCCAGCUGCAUGGAGAAGACCUUCUAUCCUCAAGCAGCACCAAGAAUCAAUUUACUUUCGUAUUGAUCAACUCAACUCAUUAUUGCGGCAGAUGAAUAUCAUUCAUGAGUGGCAGCUCUAUGACAGAGACUUGAUAAUUGCUGGUGGCGAGAGAAACUGUUCGAAAUUCAAGGCCAAACCACCACUGCUGCCGCUGUCGGGAAUUGGUGUCACCAUAUCGCCGCCGCUUGUUUGCUGUUGCCGUAGGAAGCUGAGGCGCGAUUCAGAACUCCAGAGCAUUAGAGGAGCCACUGUCGCUGUUGCUAUUGGAGACCAGUGCCUGAUUUUCCCAGAAGAUGACACGUUAUUUAAAAUAAGGGUAUUAAGGUCAAAUACUCUCAUGUUUAAUCCUACGGUGGUAUGUGGUCCUGAUUUUAGAAAGUUGUUAGCUUUUAGUCUUAUUAGGGUAAUUUUCCCCAUUACAUACAGAUCAUAUUAAGAGAAAUUGCGUAUAAACAUAAUUGCACAAAUAGGAAUAAAUAUUAAUUUUG